CUCGCUCUGGCUUUCUUAUUUGCGCUUCUGGUGGACUUGAUCAGUGUGGUUGGAGCGGAGAAUUUCCCCGGGAACCGUGAGGCUUUCUUCCACGGCAUUCGUGGGUUUUCCCGGCCAAGCAGAGGUCACAGGCACCCUGUUCAUCACUCGAACAGGUUCCCACUCUACAUGAUGCAGCUCUACCGGACUCUACUCGAGGGAGACACGGCCAGGGCGCCAACUGUCAGCACCGCCCGGACCAACAGCGAUGACAACCCCCGCCUUCACGACUCUGACUCGGUACUCAGUCUGGUUGCCAAAAGUGAGUAUUGUUAUUUUACAUUUUAGUCAUUUAGCUGACGUUCUAAUCCAGAGAGAUUUACAGUUAGUGAGUGCAUACAUUUUUCAUACUUGCCCCCCAUGGGAAUCGAACCCACAAACCUGGCGUUGCAAGCGCCAUGCUCUACCAACUGAGCCACAUGAGACUUACAAAACACUUACUUCACUUAGUUUAUAUCGUGGAUUUUUUUCUGUUUAAAAUUAAUUACAUUAUGUUUUGGAGAUGUUUGAAAGCACUUUUAUGCACCAUAAUUGGACACACUAAUUCAAUGUGAAGUCAUAUUUGAACUAUUAUGAUUGCAUAAUUCAAUGUACCCUCAGUAAACAGUAAAUAAACAGUGAUUUGAAUUUAGGCUACAUGCCUACUGCGCGUUUUGAUUACUUUGCGCUUCUCAAUUAUUUUAGCACUUGGAAAUCUUAUACAAUGCUGCUUAUUGUGAAGAGCCUAGCCAAUGCAUAAUUUCAGCGCGUAUUAUUUAAAAGUGUGUAUACUAGCCCCAGGCUGUCUGUUAUAACAGUGUCAGGCGCGGAGCAAUACACGCUGCGACAGUAACAACAUUCUACUUUAUCAACUGCUUAUCGCAUGUCAAAAGAGGACGUGUGAAAGCUGUCUUGUGGCACGCAUUUUUCUUGCUCACUGUGGGCAACAAUAAAAUGCAUGUGACACUAUCUGGGCAACAAUAAAAGGCAUGUGACACUAUCUGUGAUUGUAAUGAAUGGGACAUAAUCUGAUAGUCAAAGAGGUGAAAGAGAGAGGAUUGCACACUUUCAUAAUCAUAGUCUGCAUCAUGCAUUGCUAACUGAUAUUCUAUGUUAUCUCUCCAGGUUGUCACCAGAGCGGUGGGAGGUGGUCUGUCACCUUUGACAUGUCCUCCAUCUCUGCAAGUGACAAUGUCCAGCGCUCCGAGCUGCGGAUCCGCCUGCCUGCCUUCUCUGCCUCUGAGCGUGUCACUGUGGACAUGUACCACUCCCAGAGAUGCUCCUACUCCAGCCCGCCAUGCCCAAAGGAGAGCCUCUUCCUGGGCUACCUGAAGGCAGAGCCAAGCUCCCUGACCUCCACAUCCAACUGGAGGGUGUUUAACGUCACCGCCCUGCUCCACUACUACUGGCUGCACCAGAAAGGCUCCGCAACUGGCCAGGAAGAGAGAAGGCCAGUGGAGAGAGAGGAGGAGGAGGGUCAGGAGAGGGUCCUGCACCCCACAGCCGACCGGGUUAUGGUGGUGGUCUUCUCCAAGCACCAGGCAGAGAAGCGGGCUCCCACCCUCAUCCACACCGCUGAGCACUCCAAGUACGUCACUCUGGACUGGGAGCAAGCUGUAGCUGGGGCCGAUCCUGCUGUCAGCGUAGAGGUAGAGGGCGGAAAGGGAGCCAGUCGCAGGAAGAGGCACGGGCACCACCAAAGAGCAGGAGUGGCUGGGGUGGCCCCUGGCGUGGCCCCCAUGGAGGAGAGGAAGGACCCAUUGUGCAGGAAGGUGGACAUGUGGGUGGACUUUGACCAGAUUGGCUGGAAGGAGUGGAUUGUUUACCCCAAGCGCUACAACGCCUACCGCUGUGAAGGCAGCUGCCCUACCCCAGUAGACGAGACCUUCACCCCCACCAACCAUGCUUACAUGCAGGUAAGACUGCCAACAUUACAUGAUCACUGCUGAAAACGAACAUGUUUGAAAUAGAGCCUUUGAUUUGUUUCCUAUUACAAUAUUGCAUUUUCAAAUUAGUUUAUGAUUUCACUUGCACUAACAUCUCUCUCUCUCUUCUCUCUCCAGAGUCUGCUGAAACUUCACCACCCAGACAGGGUCCCAUGCCCGUCCUGUGUGCCCACCCGCCUGGCCCCUCUGUCCAUGCUGUAUUACGAGAACAGCGAGGUGGUGACGCGGCACUUUGAGGGCAUGGUGGUGGAGGAGUGUGGCUGCCACUGAGCAGCCUGUGUGCCAACAUGGACACCCCAUAGGCACUUUCCAUCCCAGAAAACACCACUCUGUCCCAGCUUCUGCUCUCAAUGUGCAGGCCUCAGGAAGAAAGUUGAGGUGCAAAGGUGUGGGCUUACUAUGUGAGUGUAGCCUCAAAGCUCAAGGCUUUUCUACAAGGGCAGCUGCUGCUUUCAGCCAUGCUAAACAAUGGAUAUACUGGACACUGAAGCAGACUGAACACAAGCACUGAAAAAUAUCAAUAGAAUCACUGAUAAUACCUGCAUACAUAUAUAAUGUAUAGGGACUAAUGAUUAAGGCAAAAGCCGAUACAAGGACAAUGCGGACCCCUAAAGUGCUUUAAUUCCUCUGUAUGACCCAGUGUUGAUACAGAUACAGUAUUAUUUUAAAAUGUAAAUAUUUCAUAUGAGAAAUGUAUUUUUUUUAAG